UCAACAAGGAGAGUCACUCUUUGUGAGGUUAAUGUGCAUGAUGUCACAAACUGAUGUCACUACCUCAGCAGAAACACCAGAAAACUGCUCAAGUUUGAAUAAAAAAACUUUAUGGCUGAAAGCAGCUCGGCUUAGCUGAUGGCUAUAGACCUUUUUCGCGGCAACCGGAAGCUGCAUCUCAAAGGACUGCGGCACUUCCGUUUUGGUGACCGUAAUUCGAGUACCCUGAAAAAUGUCUCUCCUCCUCCGGUCCUUUUCAUCAUCAUUACUUAAUUUGCCAGCACUUUCUUUCGCUGAUGCGGAGGAAAUCGCAGCGGCGAAUUCGCCCACCAACAAACGUGUGAAAGGAAACAAGUUCUUCCACGAAGAAUAAAUCCACAGCUAUCAAGAUAUCACUGGGUGUUGGAAAAGAAAAGGCUGAAUUACUGGAUUAUUCCUGUAGCUGUGCAGCUGGUAAAGGUUUUUGCAAUCAUGUAGUUGCACUUCUUUACCAGACUGCCCACUACUCCCAACUCCAGCUGCCAACUGUUCCUCCUGCACAAGUGAUUUACAAAGAUGGCACAGACCAAGAACACAGGGGAAACAUCCUGAACUUGUCAGCGACGUGGUGGUGAGGAAGCCCAAAACUAUGGGGAAAAGAUAUCUGCACUCCACACUUUACAGAGCUUACACAGGAGCACUUCCAGAUCCCGACAUUCUGGCAUCAGGAGAACAACUACGCCAGCUGGAGUCCCAACCACUUAUGGCUCUUGUACUAGAUGGUCUUUCAAAUUUGGAGCUGGUUCCAUCCAAUCUUGGGCCUGUGCCACAGGGCUCACCAAUGUCUUAUCAAUGCCCACCUGAGAAGUCAUCUGGUAGCAUCAUUUUGCACCACAUGGCUCCAGACUUCCCUUCUCGUCCUUUGAUGCUGCAUAGUCUUCCGAAUAUGUGUUUUGUGCCCAAACUCGGUCAACUUAUGCAUCUUCAGUCUCUGCAAGUGUCACUGGAAAUGUCUUAUGAAAUAGAGGCCAGAACAAGAGAGCAGUCCAUAUGUCCUGCAUGGGUACAACUUCAACAACCAAGACUCACUGCUAGCCGUUUCCGUGAUGCUUGCAGAGGAAGUGCAGAGGAGGAGUCUGCUGCCACAGCACUGGCAUCUCGGAUGAUCAGGGGGUCCACUAGACAAACUGCCGCCAUGAAGCGUGGUCUGCAGAUGGAGUCUGAGGUGCUUGCAAACUAUGCUGAGAUGUUGAGGGUCAAUGUGCUCCCUGUGGGAUUCAUUGUUCGCCCUGACACAUCAUAUCUUGGUGCAACUCCAGAUGGCAAGGUGUGUGACCCAUCAGAAUCCCCCCCGUUUGGACUGGUUGAGGUAAAAAGCAGCAUGAAGAAUGACGUGUCUCAGGUUGCUCACCUCAAGGUUCAGGAUGGCCAGGCUGUUUUGAGGCAUUCACACGCACACUACUGGCAGGUAGAGGGUCAGCUGGCAAUCAGCGGAUUGGAAUGGUGCGACUUUGUCACGGACACACUAACAACAAUAACUGUUGAGCGGGUGUGGCGUGAUGAGUCUUUGAUUGAUCAAAUGAAAUCUAAACUGGACUCAUUUUACUUCAACACCUUCAUUGAUGUGUUCAUGUCAAUGCAAUAAGAAUUAUAAACUUAAUUAUAACUUA